CAGCGAGCCCAAGCUCGCCUCUCCCCUCCGCCCCCACCCCGCCCCCCGCCAUGGCCACCACAAUUCCCGCCGAAGCGGCAGCUCAGAACGAGAAGGUGCUCUCUGAAGCACUUGCUGCCACAUCCAUCUCAGACAAGGAGGAGAAGGAGGACAAGCCCGAGCUCGAGGAAGGCGAGAUCGAAGAGGAGGAGGACGACGGCAAGCCCAAGACUGUGUUUGACGACGCUGCCCGUUUCAACCUCAAGCACCCUCUGUACGCGCCAUGGACGCUUUACUUUGACUCGCCGCAGUCAAAGUUGACACCCAAGACGGAACAGACGUCUAUCCCCAACGCAUCGGCACACGGCGGGUGGCUCGACAACAUGCGGCGCGUGAUCACCUUUGACAGCGUCGAGGAGUUCUGGGGGCUGUACAACAACAUUGUGCCGCCGAGCCAAUUGCCCGGCAAGACUAACUACUACCUCUUCAAGGACGGUAUUAUCCCAGCGUGGGAGGAUGCGCAGAACAAGAACGGUGGCAAGUGGGCCAUCCAGGUGCCUCACGACAAGACCAAGUCCCAGAUCGACCAGAUGUGGCUGUACACUAUGCUCGCAGCCAUCGGUGAGACAUUCGAGUCCGGGCUCGACGGCUCGGCCCCCGAGCGCUCCGACCUCGUCACCGGUGUGAUCAUGUCCUGCCGCCCCGGCUUCUACCGCAUUGCGCUGUGGACACGCGACGCACCGGACGUGACGCUCGACGAGAACGACCCGCUCAUGAAGCGCAUCCUCGCCAUCGGCCGCUACUUCAAGGUGGCCGUGCUCGGCUACGAACUGGACCAGAAGCUCGUCACGGGCGGCUACCAGACCGAACUGACGUUCGAGUCGCACAAGGACUCGGAGAAAAAGGGCAACAAGAACAAGAUUGUUGUUUAAGAGCGGCGCCGCUUCAGCUCCAUAGGCUAGUCUAGAGUAGGGGGCGCUGCCCCGUGUAUCGAGUCGUGUGCAUUAUGCUAUGCUAGUCGUUGCGUGGUGG